AUGGUGCUCAAGGUCCGCGACCUGGUGGUGAACCAACUCUGGAGAGUACAACCAGUCCACGAGGUGGGUCAUCGUUUCGAGAUCGACAGCUUGGCGGUGAAUGGGGGCGUUCGCGUCAAGAGCAUAUGUGUCAUGUGGACGCAGACGCCGUUCCGGCGAGCGCGGACUCUAGGUGCGGGAAUCCAGCUGAGGCACGGCCUCCUCCAGCUCUGCUCGGCGAGUGUGGUAGUUCUGCGCAUCAGGCUAGACAGUGUCCGAUACUGCCCCCAACAGACGCGGACUAAGAGACAUAUCGCAUCGAGGUACAAAACUCUGGCAAUGCUCAAGGAUGUGGUAGCACGCGAAUAA